AUGACCUACAGAAAUGCUCAUUAUCAGGACAGAAUUAUCGGUGGUACUAACGACGUUCCACAUGCUCAUCCAUAUCAAAUUUCGUUGCAAACUACCUCAAGUACUGGAGUAUGGUAUCACACGUGCGGUGGUUCUAUCAUCGGCGAUGACACGGUCCUAACUGCUGCUCACUGUGUUGAUUCCAAACCAGCUAGCGAGUACAGGGUUGUCAGUGCCGAAUAUGAUUUUAACAAAUCGAAGGUGUUGAAACUACUAUCUAUGUUAAAGAACUCCGCUAUCAACAAUGAUGUCGCAUUAAUUAAAAUACAAGGGGUUUUCAAAUACGAUUCCAAUGUUGCCAAGGUUACACUUGCUUCCAGCACUCCUCCUGAUAAGACAGUCAGUAUUGUAACAGGUUGGGGUUAUACCAAUUACGAAUCAAAAACUAGACCUAAUAUUUUGCAAGCAAUUACCACUGAAAGAUGCAGCGAUUUCAAGGCUUGGUGGGGUACACUCUUCAACUAUAAGACUUGCGCUAGUGGUAACCCUGAUGUCUAUGCUCGUGUCUCAGCCUUCUACGACUGGAUCAAUAACAAUAAAUAA